CCUAGGAUUCCCUGCGCAGCCAACAACAGAAAGAAGAAAACCAGCACACACGCAGAGGCUCCCGGCUGGGCAGACCUCGCCCAGCACACCAGAUUCCCAGCUCCGAGACCCGGGACUCCUCCUGUCCUGGGCCGAAUGCUCUUUUAGCGCGGUAGAGUGCACUUUCUCCAGCUGGAAAAGCGGGGACCCAGCGAGAACCCAAGCGAACGAUGGGAGGGAGCUGCGCGCAGAGGCGCCGGGCCGGCCCGCGGCAGGUACUAUUUCCCUUGCUGCUGCCUUUGUUCUACCCCGCGCUGUGUGAGCCGAUCCGCUACUCGAUUCCGGAGGAGCUGGCCAAGGGCUCGGUGGUGGGGAACCUCGCUAAGGAUCUAGGGCUCAGUGUCCUGGAUGUGUCGGCUCGCAAGCUGCGAGUUAGCGCGGAGAAGCUGCACUUCAGCGUAGACGCGGAGAGCGGGGACUUACUUGUGAAGGACCGAAUAGACCGUGAGCAAAUAUGCAAAGAGAGAAGAAGAUGUGAGUUGCAAUUGGAAGCUGUGGUGGAAAAUCCUUUAAAUAUUUUUCAUAUCAUUGUGGUGAUUGAGGAUAUUAAUGACCACGCCCCUCAAUUCCAGAAAGAUGAAAUAAACUUAGAAAUCAGUGAAUCUGUCAGCCCGGGGAUGGGAACAAUUCUUGAGUCUGCAGAAGAUCCUGAUAUUAGUAUGAAUUCGCUGAGCAAAUACCAACUAAGUCCUAACGAGCAUUUCUCAUUGGUGGAGAAAGACAAUCCUGAUGGUGGCAAAUAUCCAGAAUUAGUAUUGCAGAAGACUCUGGACCGAGAAACGCAGAGCGCUCACCACUUGGUACUGACUGCCUUAGAUGGUGGGGACCCUCCCCGAAGCGGUACUGCUCAGAUAAGAAUCCUGGUAAUAGAUGCCAAUGACAACCCCCCAGUGUUCAGCCAGGACGUGUACAGGGUCAGCCUACGGGAAGACGUGCCUCCAGGCACCUCCAUCCUGAGAGUGAAGGCCACUGACCAGGACGAGGGCAUCAACUCGGAGAUCACUUACUCCUUCCUUGGUGUGGCUGACAAAGCGCAGCACGUGUUCUCUCUGGAUUACGCUACAGGAAACAUUCUAACUCAGCAGCCUUUGGAUUUUGAAGAAGUGGAAAGAUAUACGAUGAACAUAGAGGCAAAAGACCGAGGAUCUCUCUCAACACGUUGUAAAGUAAUUAUAGAAGUUCUAGACGAAAAUGACAACAGCCCAGAAAUAAUCAUCACGUCACUCCCUGAUCAGAUUAUGGAGGAUUCCCCUCCAGGAGUGGUUGUUGCCCUCUUCAAAACACGGGACCGAGACUCAGGGGAAAAUGGGGAAGUCAGGUGUAGUUUAAGUAGAGGUGUUCCAUUUAAGAUUCAUUCUUCUUCUAAUAAUUACUACAAACUAGUAACAGAUGGGGCCCUGGAUCGGGAGCAGACCCCAGAGUACAACGUCACCAUCGCAGCCACCGACAGGGGCAAGCCUCCGCUCUCCUCCAGCAAAACCAUAACCCUGCACAUCACUGACGUCAACGACAACGCGCCCGUUUUCGGACAGUCCGCCUACCUGGUCCAUGUGCCAGAAAACAACCAGCCAGGUGCCUCCAUAGCGCAAGUCAGUGCCUCUGACCCAGACUUCGGGCCCAAUGGCCGUGUCUCCUACUCUCUCGUUGCCAGCGACCUGGAGUCACGAACGCUGUCGUCCUACGUGUCCGUGAGCGCGCAGAACGGGGUGGUGUUCGCGCAGCGCGCCUUUGACCACGAGCAGCUGCGCGCCUUCGAGCUCACGCUGCAGGCCUGCGACCAGGGCUCGCCCGCGCUCAGCGCCAAUGUGAGCCUGCGCGUGUUGGUGGGCGACCGUAACGACAACGCACCGCGGGUGCUGUACCCUGCGCUGGGUCCCGACGGCUCCGCGGUCUUCGACACAGUGCCGCGGGCCGCACAGCCAGGCUACCUGGUGACCAAGGUGGUGGCCGUGGACGCCGACUCGGGGCACAAUGCCUGGCUGUCCUACCACGUGGUGCAUGCCAGUGAGCCCGGGCUCUUCAGCCUGGGGCUGCGAACUGGCGAGGUGCGCAUGGCGCGUGCUUUGGGUGACAAGGACUCGGUCCGCCAGCGCCUGCUAGUCGCUGUAAGAGAUGGAGGACAGCCACCUCUUUCAGCCACUGCCAUGCUGCACCUGGUGUUCGCAGAUAGCUUGCAAGAGGUACUGCCGGAUUUCAGCGACCGUCCCACACCCUCUGACUCCCAGGCUGAGAUGCAGUUUUACCUGGUGGUGGCCUUGGCCUUGAUUUCCGUGCUCUUUCUACUCGCGGUGAUUCUAGCUAUCGCUCUACGCCUAAGACAGUCUUUCAGCCCUACUGCAGGGGGCUGCUUUGAGUCAGUUCUCUGCUCCAAGUCCGGACCUGUGGGUCCCCCCAGCUACAAUGAGGGAACGUUGCCCUAUGCCUAUAAUUUUUGUGUGCCUGGGGAUCAAAUGAAUCCUGAAUUUAAUUUCGUCACAUCUGUUGAUCAUUGUCCAGCCACACAAGAUAACUUCAACAAAGAUAGCUCUUCCAUGCUACUGGCUAGCAUUUUAACUCCUAGCUUGGAAGCAAAUAAGAUUCUUAAACAGGUAAGUAUUUAA